AGUGGACGUCUGAUUUGACUGGCGACGUGCGAAGAUCAAUUGCAGAAGCAGGGAGCUGGGGCAGGGCGCCAGCACGCCGAGGACCGACCGACUGCCUGACCGGGCAACCCAAUCGCCGGCGUGGGAGUUACGCUUGAGGGAUGAUAGCGGCGUUGAACCAUGCGCCAUCGCAUGAUGCACGAGGCUGGGCCGGGACUCACGCGCUCUGGAAAUGGGACUCUGGAGGGAAGUCUGGCACUACUGGGUCGGACAAACGGAUCGCAAGGAGUGUGCGGCCGGCGGGGAUGGCGUUUCGGGGACCGGGCCUGCAACAACGCCGGGCAGACGGAGACGAUGCGAGAGAAGCGAAGAUGAAGAAGGCCCCUUGAGAGGUGGGUGGGGCGGCAGUGACGUUGCGAGUUGUACGAGGUUGACAGGCACGGUGACUGACUGGUCACCCCACUAGUCUACGUCUGCUGGUGUGUCCGCCCGGGGCCGGGACUUUAGGGUACGAAUUGCGGGUGGCAGGGACUAGGUGCAUAACGUGUGAGCCUGGGGGUGUCGUGGGUAAAUCGCAAUGGAUGUGCAAGAGGCAACAGGAACAGCUGCGGCUACGACUGUGUGGUUGAUUUUACCUGUUCGCGUUUGUCUCGCUCGAUUUCGCAGUGGUUAGUUGACGAUGGUCAAGGAAGAAGAGCGCGUACUGACUCGAAGCCAGCAUUGUGAUGAUUUCCAUGAUGCAUCGUAUCAUCUGGGGCGAUCGUGAUGAUCGUGUUGUGUGAUCGGUCUUGUCUGUGGAGAUGGGUGAGUGGGUAGAGAGCAGGGGAAACAGAGCGAUUGUGUAUGAUCGUCCCGUGUGAUGGUUGAGUGCUUUACACGCAGUACUUGAAGGAUGGACCAGCAGCGUCGGACUGGUCUCUCGGUGACUGGCGGUGAUGCCGGGCAUUUGUGUUGCCAUUCAUGGCGAUUGUAGAAGAGAGUGUUCAAAUUUAGUGCGGUCGCUGGGAGUGGACGAGGAGUGGUAGCACUGGCAGGUGUGAGACGAUUAUGGGUGCGCGAACAAAUAACAGGCAAAGGUUGGCAGAAGUCGACAUCGUUGUGGAUAUUAGUCGCGGUACAAACAGAGGAACUGGUGGAAUUGGCGCCAUAAUGAUGGGUUCAGGUGAUGAUGUUGAGCAUUCACCGAGGGUCUCAUCGUCGGUUGCAGCGGAUAGCAGUGAUCUACGGGCUCCCGAUAUGAAUAUUGGUGUAAUGGACCAUCAAGACAAGGACGAAGUUAUGGUGGAAGCACAGGGGGUGGGGGAAGAUCGAUCGGCGGAUGAAGCUCUUCCCGAUGUGUUGAAUGGAAAGGCACCGAAGGCCUUGGUAGCACCCAAAUUGGGUGAGUCCAGGAAAAACUCUGGUGGGCUUAGUGACAGCGUCGUGUCGAACGGUUUGGUACAUGAUACGGACCAGGUGGUGAAGAACGGUGGGUCCCGGAAGAGGAAGUCUAAGACCAUCCAUUACAUGAAUUCUAGGGUACCUCAUGCUGCGCCUGCAUUGGAGAGCGAGGAGGGCUCCGACGGUCAAAAAAGUCCUGAAGAAAGAGGGGAUGCUAUCGCGCGUCCCAGUCAGGCCCCUCGUGCAGCUGCCAUCAAGCUGAAGUCUAUGGUUCCAGUUGGAGACAAGUUACUGAAAGCUCCAAGGAACGCCAAGGAGCUCAUGGCAACCAGGCUGAUGGAGGGUCAUCAUGUGCGGUGCUCGUGUCGCGGUAUACAGCUCACGGGAAUGCUGAAAGACAUGGGUGUGCAGUGCGACUGCCGGAAUUGCAGGGGUUCCGUGAUUGUUUCUAUUUCAGCUUUUGAGGCACAUUCGGGAAGUACUUCUCACCAUCCAAGUGACAAUAUUUACCUUGAGAAUGGGAAGAACCUUCGGGAUAUUCUCAGCGCUGGUCAAGAAGCGGCAGAUUGUGGGGACAACAUACUGAGAGCUCUGAAGAUGGCUAUAGGAGAUGUUCAGGGAGUUGAAAAGAGUAAGAGUAAGUGCGCGAAGUGUGGGAAUCCAGAAGAGGGUGAUUUAAUUUACUGCAAGGGAGCUAGGUGCUCUGUAGUUGCACAUUCUGGAUGUGUUGAAAUCGCGAACCCACACCUUGGGGACUGGUUUUGUGGUAAGUGUGAGAAAACGAAGAAGCCUCAUGCUUCAGUGAAAGUAAAGCGCCCCAUCUCUAGUGGAGCAGAGAAGGAGGAUAGCCGAGUAAGGGAGAAAGAUGCUACAGUGUCGGCCAGAUUGAGUCGAGAUGCACAUUUGCACAAAGCACUUUUCUUGCCUGGUGGAUUGGAGAACGGCACAGAGCUAGGCUACUAUACGAAAUCCCAGCUGAAACUGAAAGGUGUGAAAAGAGGCAAAGGUAUAUGCUGCAGUUGCUGUAACAAAGAGAUAAGCUGCUUUGAGUUUGAACAACAUGCUGGUUGUGAGGCUCGUCGAAACCCAUACGGAAACAUCUUGGUGUUGGUGGAUGGUCGUUCCCUGAAAGACGUGUGCAAAGAUCUGACUCAUAAGAACAAGCUGGGUGAACAACAAAAUUGUGAACCACUUGCCAGGGAUGUCAACUGCUGUUAUGAAUGUAGUAGCAGUGGAGAACUGAAGACCUGCAACGGUUGUGAAGAAGCAUGGUGCGAUAAUUGUACCAAAGGAGAAGAGGUUGAUUCCGAUAGCAAGUGGUACUGUCGAAUGUGCCGUAAUGACACUCUCAAGGUGGCACAGAAUGGACAAAAAGUUUCUGGCAAGCACCAAGAGGAAUCGUCUAGCAUUACAGAAAUAGACGAGCGAGGUCGUUGCAUACGUCAUUUGGAAGGACAUCGGGAAGUUGGGGGCUGUGCUAUCUGCAAGAAAUGGAAUUUGAGCAAGACAGGUUUCGUUGAUGGCAUGACGAUUUUAGUUUGUGAUCAAUGUGGACGAGAAUAUCACGUUAGCUGCCUAAAGGAUUCAGGCAUGGAUAACCUAAAUGAAUUACCAGAAGGAGAAUGGUUCUGCCAGAAGGGCUGCAAAGUCAUUGAUGAAAUCUUGACACAGUUAGUUGCCAUUGGGCCAGAGUCGCUAUCCCAUAGCAUAAUCAGUGAGUUACCGGAGAAUCGGCAGCAGAAGAGCGGUGUGAUAGAGAAAGCAGAGUCCAUUAGUCCGAGUUUUGAAUGGCAAAUUCUGUGCGGCAAGGGCAGCUCCCCCGCUAACAUUCAGACCCUUGCCGAAGCUGUGAAUAUUUUUACAGAGUGCUCGGAUCCAAUCAGGGAUGCGAAAACUGGAAAGAAUUUGAUUCCGCUCAUGGUUCAGAGUCGAAGGACCAAAGAUUACGAUUUUGAAGGUGUUUUCUGCGUUGUUCUCAAGCUCAACGGGAAGGUGGUUUCGGCGGCUCUACUGCAAAUAUUUGGUCGGGAAUUUGCUGAAGUGCCUUUGGUAGCAACUAGCCUCCCACACCAGGGCCAGGGUUUCUGUAAAGCACUUAUGACGACAAUAGAGAGACUUCUUGGGGUGCUGAGUGUGGAGCGGUUGGUGCUCCCUACAGCCAAGGAUACAGAAUCACUUUGGGUCAACAAGUUUGGCUUCAGUCGUGUGCCAGUGGACCAGCUGAAAACAAUUUGUACAACUAUACGUUUGAUGACAUUCACGGGCACGUGUAUGCUGGGGAAGGCCAUCACUCCAAUGACAGUGUAGGGCGCGAUGGCCAAGACUGUUCGCUGCAGAAUGAGAUUAUUCUCGGAGGCUCCCAAGUUAACAUUUGUUGUACAGAAAGAGGUUUCAAAGACAUGUAGAGUCGUGAUGGUUGUAUUCGUGCAUACCGUGUAGAGCUCUUUACUGAAGGUGCACUUUCAAAGGACUGCUGCUUCUCCCAGUUUUGGGUACAUUGAUGAGGAGGUUUUGCUGGCGCUUUACAUGGCAAGUUUUAGCAACUAUGUUCAUACCACUGUUACCUGCUCCAGGCUCUAGUGCAGCACGUCUGUAAAUGGUUUGUAAAGAGCUCAGUUUUUCUGUCAAGCUUGAAAAUUUGCCGCCGCAUUCCAGGCUCCUUAACCAUCUUCCUCUUUCA